AUUUGAAAACCGCAACCAGAAAUGGUUAUUCAAAAAUUUGGCUAUAAGACCUUGUCGAAUGUUCCGGUCGAAAUUAUAAACCAUCAAAAAAUGUAAACAAUAACAGAAAACAAAACAAAAUAUGAAUCAUCUUCUUCAUCGCAAAUCACGAACAGCUGGGCAUCUUUAUUGUGAAUCUAACAAGUUUUGAUUGAAAUGGGAAAUUUGUUCGGUAAAUCUAGCAGUAAAGCGAAAAUUAGCCGAGUCACUGAACAGGACAAAGCUGUUCUCCAAUUAAAACAACAAAGGGACAAAUUAAAGCAGUACCAAAAAAGAAUAGAGCUCCAGUUAGAAAAGGAUCGUGAAAUGGCUAAAAAAUGUUUAGCCACCGGAAGAAAAGAACGAGCUAAAACAUUGCUCCGUAAGAAAAAGUAUCAGGAAAAGCUCCUGACCAAUGCCGAUGCUCAGAUAGAAACGAUCGAAAAACUUGCCUCGGACAUCGAAUUCGCCCAGGUGGAAACACAGGUCAUUAGUGGACUCAAAGUUGGCAACGAAGCCCUGAAGAAGGUGAACGAAAUCUUGUCGAUAGAAGAGGUGGAACAGAUCUUGGACGAGACCAGGGAAAGUAUAGAAAAGCAGCAGGAAAUUGAUGCCCUGCUCAACGGUGUUCUGACCGAGGAAGACGAGGACGAAGUUUUGGCCGAAUUGGAACAGCUUGUAGCGAAAGAUGAAGAAAAAACUUCCGAAAGAGAAGACAUCGACGAGCGGUUACCCAAUGUGCCGGAGGACGAUCCAGUGCAUGAUAGGAAACGGAAAGAAAAAGAAUCAGAACGAUCGGCAAAAAAGGUAGCAUUGGAGGCUUGAAUGGAGAUGAGUGUUGGACGACACAGUACGAUAAGCGAACACGUUUUAUACCUACUUACAACUAUUCAACUGGUGUUGGAUGUUGUUCUGGAUUGAUUUAUAAACUGACUAGAUGGUAAGAAUACUACGUUAUUGACGAGUAUGAGAACAUUUGAAUUUGAAAGCCAUUAUUUUUGUUGCGGAUAUUUCAAAAUUCAGUUAUGAUUAAUAUGCAAUGUAAUAUAAUUAUAUUUAAUUGACAUUAAAUUGCAUAUUUACG